AGAUGGUGGUUGUGAAGGCAGUACGUAAUGCUGAAGGGGCUCGUCCUGAGUCAGAAUGAGUGUCAAAGAUGGCGAUGGGACGACUAGCCAUGAUGGAAAGGCCUACGAACUUCAGAUCUACCCCCGACUGUCUCUGGAGACGGUGUCGUGCUGUACACUCAGAGUCACCAAGGAGGCCACCGCAGCUAGCGUCAUACGGGAUGCGGCAGCGACCCUUGGACUGGACACCAGAAAGCUAUACAUCCUGGCUGAGGUGAAGGAGUGCGGUGGGGAGGAGUGGGUGCUGGAAUCGACCGACCUUCCCGUGCACAGGGUCCUUCUCUGGCCGAGAAAAGCCCAGGAGCAACAUUCUCAGAAAGAGGGAUUUUACUUCCUCCUGCAGGAGCGCAACCGCGAUGGCUCCAUCCGCUACUUGCACCUGCCCGCCGAGGGGAACGAGCAGGAGUCCAAGCGACUGGUUGCUCGGGGUUUCCUUCCACCCCAGCAGGAGGACAUUGAGGACCUCUGUAACCUUCCAGUCCUAAGUGAGGACAGCAUCUUGGAUAACCUCCGCAUUCGUUUUCAGAAGAAGAAAAUUUAUACAUACGCUGGCAGUAUCCUCAUUGCCAUCAAUCCCUUUAAGUUCUUACCCAUUUACAACCCCAAAUACGUCAAAAUGUACGAGAACCACCAGUUGGGCAAGCUGGAACCCCAUAUUUUCGCCAUUGCCGAUGUAGCCUACUACGCCAUGUUGCACAAGCACGUCAACCAGUGUAUUGUUAUCUCAGGAGAGAGCGGAUCGGGCAAAACACAAAGCACUAACUUCCUCAUUCACUGCUUGACGGCUCUCAGCCAGAAGGGUUACGCAAGCGGAGUGGAACGAACCAUUUUGGGUGCUGGACCAGUGCUGGAGGCAUUUGGCAACGCAAAGACGGCCCACAACAACAACUCCAGUCGAUUCGGGAAGUUCAUCCAGGUCAAUUACCUGCCGAGUGGAGUGGUGCGCGGGGCCGUGGUUGAGAAAUAUCUGCUGGAAAAGUCCCGUCUGGUGUCCAGAGAGAAGAACGAGAGGAACUACCACGUGUUUUACUAUCUGCUGGUGGGUGUGUCAGAGGACGAGCGGCGGGACUUCAGACUCCUGCAGCCAGAAGAAUACUUCUACCUCAAACAGGAAAACUUUAUGAUAGAAGAUGCAGACGACCUUCGGCACGACUUCGAACGACUGCAGCAGGCGAUGGAGAUGGUGGGCUUCCUGCCAGCCACCAAGAGACAGAUAUUCUCUGUCCUGUCGGCCAUCUUGUAUCUGGGAAACGUGACGUACAGUCAGAAGUCGUCCGGCAGAGAGGAAGGUCUGGAGGUGGGGCCGCCGGAGGUGCUUUCCACACUCUCAGACCUGCUUAAGGUUAAGGAGGAGCUGUUGGUGGAGGCUCUUACCAAGAGGAAAACGGUGACAGUGAACGACAAGCUGAUUCUGCCCUACAGCCACAGCGAGGCAAUCACCGCACGAGACUCAAUGGCCAAGUCACUGUACAGCGCCCUGUUCGACUGGAUCGUCCUGCGCAUCAAUCACGCGCUGCUUAAUAAGAAAGACAUGGAGGAGUCCGUUUCGUGUUUAUCUAUUGGUGUGCUUGAUAUCUUCGGGUUUGAAGACUUUGAGACCAACAGCUUUGAACAAUUCUGCAUCAACUAUGCCAACGAGCAGCUUCAGUAUUACUUCAACCAGCACAUUUUUAAACUUGAACAGGAGGAGUAUCAGGCCGAGGGCAUCACCUGGCACAACAUCGACUACACCGAUAACGUGGGCUGUAUUCACCUCAUCAGCAAGAAGCCCACUGGACUCCUCUAUUUACUUGAUGAGGAGAGCAACUUUCCUCACGCCACUGAUAAAACCUUGCUGGCCAAGUUCAAACAGCAGCACCAACAGAACCAUUACUUUGUGCCAACUCCAGUGAUGGAACCAGCCUUCGUCAUCCUCCAUUUUGCUGGGAAGGUCAAAUACCAGAUAAAGGAUUUCCGUGAGAAGAACACGGAUCACAUGCGUCCGGAUAUCGUGGCUCUCUUGCGAAGCAGCGACCGAGCUUAUGUCCGGCAGCUGAUUGGGAUGGACCCGGGGGCGAUGUUCCGAUGGGGAAUCAUCCGCGCCACCAUCCGCGCAUUGGCCGCCUUCAACGAGGCCGGCCGCCGCUGGGCAGCCAAGACUGCGGGUGUGGUCAGACCGAACUCCAGAGUUCCUCUAGGAGAGCUGCAGAGAUCCAACGUUCCCAUUGAGAGGAUGUACCGCCAUGCUCCUAUGCUUGAUUUCUCCUUUGAUCAUUCAGAGGAGCGCCCUCUAGAGGCUUUUGAGGACAUCUUUGCUAGUUAUGAGAGUAAGAAGAAAAACAAGAACCCCAAGACCAGGCAACUCAUUCCCAAGAACCUGUUGGACACUCGCUCACUGAAAUUUGUAGUGGGCCUCCAUGACCGCACCACCAAGUCUUUACUUCAUCUGCACAAGAAGAAACGUCCUCCCAGCAUCAGUGCCCAGUUUCAAACGUCUCUUAGUAAGCUUCUGGAAACGCUGGGGAGGGCGGAACCAUUCUUCAUCCGAUGCCUCCGCUCUAAUGCUGAGAAGAAGGAAAUGUGUUUUGAUGAGGCGCUCAUUGUCCAGCAGCUGCGGUACACGGGAAUGUUGGAAACAGUGCGCAUAAGACGGUCAGGCUAUGGAGCCAAAUACACCUUUCAGGAGUUUACGGAGCAGUUUCGUGUGUUGCUACCAAAGAAUGCUGUGUCCCUGGAGGACAUGUCAUCUCUAUUGCACAGGCUUGGCUUUCACCACACUACCUACCAGAUUGGGAAAACCAAGGUGUAUCUCAAAGAACUCGAAAGGCAAAAGCUUCAGGACAUCCUCCACAAGGAUGUUAUGCUCAAAAUCAUUUUCUUGCAGCAUUGGUUUAGAGCUAAAAUAGAGAGGAUGGAAUUUGUUGGAAUGAGAGAGGCAGCCAUCUUGAUCCAGCGCUCAUGGCGUAGGUUCCGCAAAGAGAAGUUCUACCAAGCGGCGGUUUUGAUCCAAUCAGCAUGGCGAGGUUCCAAACAGAGAGCUGAAUAUCAAAAAACACGAGCAUCCGUCACAAAGAUGCAGGCACUUGCAAGAGGACAUUCGGCUCGCAAAUGGUACUACUCACUAAAGGAAGAAAAUAGGAAAAGAGAGGAAGAGGAAGCUCUGAGAAGAAAAGCGGAGGAGGAAGCAGCUCGACGAGCUAAGGAAGCAGAAGAGGCCACUAGGCAAGCUAAAGAGGCUGAGGAGGCAGCCAGACGACUACGAGAGGAAGAAGAGGCAGCCAGGCAUGCCAGAGAGGAAGAGGAAGCAGCUAGAAGACAGAAAGAGCAAGAGGAAAGGGCAGCUCUGCUUGCUUUAGAGGAUAAGACGCUACUACAACAACCACCAGCACCAGGCAAGCAGUCUGACGAUGUGGAGACACUAGUGCUGGAGCGCAAUAAGGCUCCUGUGGAUGUUGAGAUUGAAAGUAAGGGCAGGGCCCAAGUUGAUGUCUCAAAAGACCAAAGUAAUUCUGAGAAGGUUCCACAAGUGGAGGCUGGUCCUCACCCUGAGGUUAAAGAACACCAGAAGCAAAAGGAAAAUGAAUCUUCUGCACAUCCCAGAGAGGAAGGUACACAAGCUAAACCCACAUCUCCUGAAAUUCCAAGUGGACAAAGCCAAAACAGAGCUCCUCCACUCUCAAAGCUGCCAGUAUCCAGAAGUCAGGAGAAACGGGAGCUUAGGAGACAACGGGGCCUAGAGCACAACCAGAGAGAAAGUGAGCGAGCAGCUUCAACCGGAAACGACGAUACUUCCUUCAAGAGCAAAACUCUAGAGAGACCAGGGAAAGUAGACAGCAAGUUGAACGAGCGGUCUGACAGCAAAGAGUUGGAUCAAUACACCUUUGUGGCUUGGAAAAUAGACAAGGUGAAGAGGGAUGCCAAAGAUGUCCCACCUGAAUUUGUUCGACCUUCCACCUUACCUUUAGAUACCCCUACUUCAGGACCUGGAAGAAACGGCUACACAGACCCGUCCAUUGCCGCUCAACCUGCUCUUGCCAAAGAAGAGGCCAACAGGAAAAAAGAACCAACAAGAAGCAGCACUCAGCCAGAAAACCUCAUGGCAGGACCCCGCAGUCUGGAGGACAGGAACAUCAAAACUCUCCAGAAUCGCGGGAUCUCUAUGUCACUAGACGAUGUGUCCAAAAUAGGUUUGGGUGGUUCAUCACAGACACAGUCCAGCACUGAGGUUGGUCCUGAAAGAGCGAAGGUCAGCACAUUGAAGGAAAAAGUUCAUGACAGCCACAGCCUGCAAGAUGUAUCACCUGUCCAGCCGUCGACCCCAGAGAGGACAACAGGGUUUUUCAGAAAGAUUCUGAAGAAGCGUCCCCAUAAAGAAGCUCAGACCCCGGAAGAUGGAGACCUGAGCCUAGCUUCCUUUUUGGAUCAAAAAGAAGCAACUUCUCCAUCACGCUCACACAAUUCAAAGCCUCAUGCGAGUCGACCCGCUCGGACGGCCAGCAUCAUGAUCAGUCACUCAACAACUCGGGCCUCUGAGCAGUGCAACUCCUCGCUGAACCGUGUGAUCACCAAUGCGAAUGAGCUACGCCACCUUGACGAAUUCCUGGGCAAUCAGGUGAAUGAUCUGCGCUCAAGGGGAAAGCAGCUUUCAGGAACAGAACACAUCUUCAUUACUGCCACUAUGCAGUUCAGAGAAAACAUCAAGGGGAUGUACUCAUUCUCUAAGCCACAAAUUGGGUAUAAGGCUUUGAUGAAGAGCUACCACAAUAAAGUGAUCAGUCUAGCUGGAGAAAAGCAGAAAGGUGAGGUACCACUGGUGGUCAAUCUCUUCCAGUCAGUUCUGGACGGCUUCAUUAGAGCGGAGAUCAAAAAAGAAGAGGCCGAACCAGCCAAGCCCCCCAAAGGUCAUAAGAUGAGAAGGAAGAAGGAUAAGGGCUUGGAGAAUCCAUUGGACCAUGUGUUUACGCACUACCAAGUCAACAUUAUGCAGUCUUGUGAUCAGUGCACCUCCUACAUCUGGGGUAUGGAGAAGGCCUACAUGUGCAGUUAUUGCAAAAUGGUUUGCCAUAAGAAGUGCAUUUGUAAAAUUGUCAUAGACUGCUCUGCUUUCUGCUCUAAGAAGUGUGAUGAUGAACCAGGAUCACAGCACUUUGGUGUUCGUGUGUGCCACCUGGUCAACAACAAGACCCCUGUGCCAAUUGUUCUGGAGAUAAUGCUGGAACACGUGGAAAUGAAUGGCCUGUACACCGAGGGCAUUUACAGGAAGUCCGGCUCAGCCAAUCGCAUGAAGGAGCUACACCAGCUGUUGGAAGCAGGCCCAGAGAAUGUUUAUCUUGAGGAUUACCCCAUCCAUGCUGUCACUGGCCUGGUCAAACAGUGGCUAAGGGAGUUGCCUGAACCUCUUAUGACAUUCACGCACUACAACGACUUCCUCCGUGCAAUAGAACUGCCUGAGAAGCAAGAGCAAUUGCAAGCCAUUUACAAAGUUUUGGAACAGCUUCCAGCGGCCAACUUCAACACCUUGGAGAGACUCGUUUUCCAUCUUGUCAGGGUUGCAAAGGAGGAGAAGAGCAAUCGGAUGACGCCAAACUCUCUGGCCAUUGUUUUUGCCCCUUGCAUUCUCCGUUGUCCGGACAGCGCCGACCCGCUCAUGAGUAUGAAAGACAUCGCCAAAACCACCAUUUGUGUGGAGAUUCUACUUAACGAACAAAUCCGGAGAUACAAUGAGAGAAUGGAGGAGAUCGAGCAUCUGGAAUACGCUGAGGCACUGGCUGUCAAUCAACUCAAGCUAAAAAGACAAAACACGUGCUGGCAUUUACCUCUCAGAUUUAUCACUCCUUACAAAGAAGUGGCGGUUCGGGAGAAGCCAGCUUCCGACCUUUGUGCUGUACCUGAGAAUGAGCCCCUGGAUUCAGAUACAGAAGUUGAGCGAAGUCUGAUGGAGCAGAUCGAGUCCAUCAAGCAAGAAAAAGAGGACCUUGCCUGCAGGCUACCUGAACUAGAACAGCCCGGUUCUGACCAGGAGAACCUGGACUCGGAGGCAUCUGUCAGCUCUGAGAGCCUUUUGGACGAGCGAGCGGUCUGUUCAGACACGGAAGGACAAACAAUCGUAGUGCCAAGAUUAUCCAAACCAGCUUGCCUUCCUAAGCCUGUCGCGCUGGCCCAAGGAGGCAGCACAGGGGCUGACAGCUGCUCUCUUCCUUCACUGUCUUCUCCCAGGCUUCAGCUCCAGCGUCGCUGCCCUAUCAUCCCCAAAACGGUCAAGUUGACCCCAGGAGUCCUGUGCCACCCGGCUGCACAGUCCCUCCCUCCCCGCAAAGCCCAGUCCCUCACCCUCGUCCAGCGGCGCGAGCAACCCGGCCGCCGCAAAGACAGCAUCCAGUCUCUCUACAUCGCCGCUGGAACAGAGCUCCUCUUCCCGUUCUCACCUACAGCCUCAGACACCUCCAGCGCACAGGAGCUCCAGACCUCCUCAAGACGUUUCUCAGACCCGGACAUUGCUUUCGUAAAGGACAAGGUUUGAGUUGCAAAGCUGCCUGCUCUCGAAAGAACAAUUCGUAGUGAUUGAUAAAGAGAAUUGUCUCACCUAGCACUUUUCCAUACUAAUAAUAUAUUGGAUUUUUAAAGAGACUUUUUUUAAGACUCAGAUUUUUGUGGCAUUUAGGCGUUGACAUGCGUCAAUGCUUGAUGCUUGAUUUUUUUUUUUUUUUAGCAUCAAGAAAACAGUCUUGAACCUUUGUGUCUUUAAUGAAGAGGAAAAAAAGAAUUCAAUCAUGAGGAGUGAUCCCUCGGUGGUGUUUUGAGGACAGAGUUAUUUGUACACCCAAGGCUUCGUUCAUCUUAAAUGGACUUUAAAGCUGUAGAUCCUCCUUCAAUUCCUGCACAAGAACUCAAUGGACAAGUUUUGUCUAGAAGGGGGAAGGAUGCAGCACUAGCCACUUUCCUCUUGGACCAGAAUGCCAUAACCGAAUGCAAUUUUCCGGAAUAACUCUGAACAUUUUUUUUUUUUCAUUUUGAUAAACAAUAGGAGACUAUAGCUUUGUGUAGGACUAAAUACAGUUAGUGGCCAAGCCAUUGUGUUUAAUACUAAAGUGAAGAGUUACGAAUGCUAUUGAAUGAAAAGUAUGGAAAGAAUGCCGGCUGGAUGUCUAUGAUGUAAAUUACGUUUUGCAUCACGAGGACUGAAUGUGCCUACAAGUAUCGCUGUUUUUGAGUCCUCAGUGAUGUUUUUUGCAUUUAAUGGAGAAAUGAAACUAAUUAUUUUCCUACAAUACAGUUUGUACUGGCC